CACUGGCAGAGCCCGGGCGCGCUCAGCCGCUGCUGGGCAGUGAUGCUGCGCUCUUCUGGGAAUAAAAGAGUUCACUCUCGGGCAGGCUGCACACUGUGUGGAUGCACGGCCAACAGGCAGCACACCUGACUCUCUCUAUCAGCCCGGCUUUCUACAUGGCGGAGCAGUUGUGGAAGACUAAUAAGCUAAUGUUUUUGAAGUGAAAAAUGUACUCUUACCAUUCAGUUCCUGGAUAAAACACACUAGAAGUGGGCUUUGAAACAGAAACAGCAUACAAUAUUUUGAAUAUUAUUUGAAUCGUUGUUGUUUUGUUUUCGAUGAACCAGGACAUAAGCAGGAUCGCCAUCAUGGAUUGGACACUGGAUGUGAUUAACAAGACCAAUGCCCGCGCCGUGUUACUGGCCUGUGUGACGGUGCUGUUCUCCCUGCACCUGUGGCGCUGGCUCCGGCAGCGGGCGAUCCACAGCCCGCCCGGCCCGCUCGCCUGGCCGCUCAUCGGGAACGCUCUGCAGAUGGGCAACGCACCGCACCUGUAUUUCAUGCGAAUGGCGAAGAAAUACGGCAACGUCUUCCAGAUUAAACUGGGCUCUCUGCCCGUGGUGGUCCUAAACGGGGACUCCAUUAAAGCAGCACUGGUCAAGCAGGGAUACGAUUUCGCCGGCAGACCGGACUUCACUUCCUUCCAGUACGUCGCCGACGGGAACAGCAUCGCGUUCGGCACCAUGACGGACUGGUGGAAGAUGCACCGUAAAGUGGCUCAGUCCACUCUCCGGAUGUUUUCCGACGGGAACCCGCACACCAAAAAGACUUUUGAGCACCACCUCCUGUGCGAGAGCAAAGGGCUGCUGCAGCUGUUCGUGGAGAAAACCAAAGAGCAGAUAUACUUCCAGCCCAUGACUUAUCUGGUGGUGUCCCAAGCCAACAUCAUGAGCGCGGUGUGCUUCGGGAAAAUGUACUCCUAUGACGACGAGGAGUUCCUGCAGGUGGUGGGCAGGAAUGACCAGUUCACCAAGACCGUGGGGGCGGGCAGCCUGGUGGACGUGAUGCCCUGGCUCCAGUACUUCCCCAACCCCAUCAAAACCGUGUUUGAAAACUUCAAGAAACUCAACCGGGAGUUCAGCGAAUUUAUUGGGAAAAAAGUGAACGAGCACAGGAAAACAAUCCAGUCGAGCAUCGUCCGAGACAUGACGGAUGCUUUCAUAGUGGCGCUGGACCAACUGAGAGAUAAAGCAGGGCUUUCUUUAGGGAAAGACUACGUGACCCCCGCCUUGGGGGAUAUAUUUGGAGCCAGUCAAGACACACUUUCAACUGCACUGCAGUGGAUCAUCAUCCUACUUGUCAAGUAUCCAGAGGUGCAGGUGCGUCUCCAGCAGGAGGUGGACAAGGUGGUGGGUCGCAGCCGGCUGCCCUCCAUCGAGGACCAGCUGCAGCUGCCUUACAUCAUGUCCUUCAUCUACGAGGUGUUGCGUUACACCAGCUUUAUACCACUCACCAUCCCCCACUCCACCACCACCAACACCUCCAUCAUGGGCUACAGUGUACCAAAGAACACAGUCGUCUUCAUCAACCAGUGGUCCAUCAACCACGACCCCACCGUCUGGUCCCACCCGGAGAGCUUUGACCCGGAGCGUUUCCUGGACCAGAACGGAGCGCUGAACAAGAACCUGACCACCAACGUGCUCAUCUUCUCCCUGGGCAAGCGGCGGUGCAUCGGCGAGCAGCUGUCCAAGGUGCAGCUCUUCCUCUUCACGGCGCUGAUCGGCCACCAGUGCCACAUCACCGCCGACCCAGCCAGGCCCGUCACACUGGACUACAACUACGGUCUGACUCUGAAACCGCACCCUUUCUCCAUAGCUGUGACUCUGCGCGAAGAUAUGAGGCUGCUGGAUGCGGCGACCAGGCCGGCCGGCGCAGAGGACGUCAAAGUCGAGCCCUCAUCAGACUCAUGAACAGAAAAAUGAAAUACAAAACUGAAAUAAGCUAAACAAAUAAGACUGAAACACAAAAAGACUUCUGAACUAUAUAUUUGUAGGCUGAAAACUAUAUUUAUAAGCUGAAAUCUUAAUCUUCUUUUAAAAAAUGAAAAUAAAACUUGGAAUGGUAACACAUCUCCACCCCAAGCAAAAAAACACUGCUAAAUUCUGCAGGUUUUUAAUUCUGGAUCACUGCUGAAAACUGUAAAAACAUUCUGCAGAUUCUGUUUGAGUCUGCUGCGUACUGACUCAUUUUUAAGUGCCAGGAGGUAACAGGUGUGGCAUCUGUUUUCACAGGUUACCUUGGAUCAAUGUGCUUUUUUACAACGUCAAACACAAUCAGACAUACCAGCCCCUUCUUUUGAUUCAUCAAGGAGGAGGACCUCAAUGAAGGCAACAAGCCUGAUAGCUGCUGUAACACAGUCAUUUGGGUGUGAAUGCUAUUGCUGCGAGAACUAACUGAAAAGUAGAAACCAGCAAGCUAACAUCAGUGUCAGAGUGUCUUCAUGCUUUCUAUUAACUUGCUCGAACAUUGUAUGAUGUCCCACGAAAUUAUGGUGACCCCCUGGCCGGUCACACGGCGACCGGUCACACUACAGUUUUUACAGUUAAAAUUUUGACGACAAAAGUUGACUGCGAGCCGGCCAUAGGGCAACGUGAGGGGUCGGUCGUUUCACGGGCCGUUGUAGUUUAGUUUAGCCGACAAAAAGUGAGCGUCAUGCGGUGACAGCAGUUACGUUUAGAAAAAGGAUUGUUGUUCGGAUUAAAACACCCCCGGGACAGAAACACGCAUUUCCCGGGUGAAAGUCUUGUGGUUUCCCUUGGGAUAUGAACUCCACUCUCCAGCUGGAAAGCCCUGUGUUUUAUGACCCUAUUUUGACCCUUUUAUGGUCCUAUACAGCAACAGUCAAUGUGGUGGGUACAGUAAUAAAUAUGUGGAAUACAUACGAAUUACAGUGCUUUACUUUUUGUAAUUUUAUGUAGGAAUGCUUCAUGAAAUGUGAGCUUUUCAGGAAUCCCUUUAAUGUGGCUGCCAUUCUCAAUUCUUUCUUGCUAAUAAGGGUUCCAAAACAUCUUUAAUGCAAUGGCAAAGCUUCUCGAAACACAUGUGAUUUUUGAAGAUAAGCACUCAAAACUAGCAAUUGUUCUCAAUGUGACAAAAGUAAUGGCGCAGUGAUUCUGCGUGAACAGACGAAUAAGCUCAUGGAGUGCAUCAGCCUCAAUGUCUACUAAAAUAAAAUGUUCAGUACUAACGUGUAGCUCAUAUAUAUAGUGUCAAUGUCAAAGUGUGUAGUUGUAUAUAUAGUGCCAAUGUCAAAGUGUGGUCACUCAGGAAUAAGUACCCAUGAAAUGUUAAACAUUAUUUGAACUAUUUGGCUUUUUGAAAGUCAUCUAAUUUAUUGUGAAAUCUACUGUGGAUGCUGUUUGAACGGACAAGGCAAAGGUGUGUCAGGGUCCACCCAACAGACCUGCUGGUGUCUGUGGACUACUGUCCAAUACAUGUAUAAAAAGACUAAUUGUAGCUCUGUGUUAUUGAGUCAUUUAUUUCUCUUUUUUUGUAACUCACAAAAGGUUUUUGUUUAACCGUCUGAGGUCUAUUGUAUUUUAUUUGCAGACUCAUCUAACUGCUGCCUCAGCAUGAGAGACUAAUGCAGUGACUGAAACGUCUUGGAUUUGAGCAUUUGUUGUCUUCCUGAUGAAGCGUUUUGGAAUUUUGUUAUUCAGAUUCCUUUUUUGAAAUAACAGGCGACUUUAAGCAAGUAACAGACCUGACUGGUAUUCAUUAUUUGUACGUCUAAGUAAAUCACAAUAUAUCCAUUGAUGGUGCCCAGUGAGACAACAAUAAUAAUAAUAAUAAUAAAUAAUAAUAAUAAUAAUAAUUAUUAUAAUUAUUUAUAUAGCACCGUUCAAAACUAUCGUCACAAAGCGCUUCACAAAACAGGAAAUAUAAAAGAAAGUAGGAGAACAAUCUAAUACACAUUCACAGUCAACAAAUAGAAAUGACAAAAUGAAACAGCUAAAAGUAAAGAUAAAAAUAAUGGAUAAGAGGACUCAAAAGGACAGAUAAAAUAAUAACUAUUAUUAUUAUAACCUUUAUUUAUUCAGACAGGGCCAAUGAAAGCAAGCUCUAAUUUCAAUGACGCCCUGAUUAUAGCGCAAAUUAAAAGAAAGAAAAACAAUCCUUGAAUUACAGUACAUAUAAAUAAUAUGAUCAUAAAUAAUACGAUCCUACAAAUAUUGUGAUCAUAAAACAAUACCAAAAUGUAAUUUUUAUUCAUCUUAAUAAUCUUAAUAUAUAAUAAUUAAGAAAAAGCCAAACGGUGGAAGAGUUCCUAAAGUAAGAUAACCCAAAGGGUUGGGGCCCUCACAGCAAACAGUCCGUCGCCCUGCUGUGUCUCAAACAGCGCACUUCUCUACUUAUUCUUACACUUAUUUACGGAUGCUGCAUUCAAAACUGUCAAAACGUUGAGUGUGGAAUGCUGGACACUACUCUCCUUCAACGGUCACCAUUUUUGCUACGGAGCAGUAGUCUCGCUUUGCCAGACCUUCCUUCACAGUGCUGCAGAGGAGGGUCUGGCUAGUCCACACAGCAUUCCAGGAUGGCAGAUAAAGGUGCUCUGGUUUAUUGCCAUUUCUUUUAACUGUUGAAACUACAUAGCAUAUUGUGGAAGGGUAGCAUGGGUCACAGUCAUAACCUAAAAUACUGCAUAUCAUGUAUUACAUGCAGUACUGUGGUGUACACUGCAGCAGAAGGAAAUAAAAGCCUGUGUGUUAAACAGUUUACAAUGAAAUAAAACUUCCAGUUGCUUAAAGUUGAUCUGUUCCUCACAGGGUCAAGAAAUACCUGAAAUCCAAAAUGUUACAGUAUCUUUACCUCAUAUGCUUCUUAUGUACAAAUUAGCUUAGUGCACCGACAGACAUUCAUUACUGCUAAAUGUACUUUAAGCUUUUGGCUACACAUACUGUAACUGCAGCUGUGAUGUUAAUCUCAACCUGCUCGCCUGCAUGUUGUUCUGAAUGGUAAUAAACAGACACUUCACUAUUUGUACUUUA